UUUGUAGCCCUGGUAUAGUUAAAGAUUGUUUGGUAUUUCCAUCAGCUGUGGUCACACUCGUACUCAAAGUUUCUUGUGCAGAAUGGCCGCCCGCCGCAUCGCCCAAUCCUCGAUCAACUGGUCCGCUCUUGCCGAGCGUGUGCCCGCCAACCAGAAGAGCAGCUUCGGCGCCUUCAAGACCAAGUCGGACAUCUAUGUGCGCGCCGUCUUGGCCAACCCCGAGUGCCCGCCCCAGAUCGAUUGGGCCAACUACAAGAAGCUGAUCCCGGUGGCCGGACUCGUCGACACCUUCCAGAAGCAGUACGAUGCCCUGAAGGUGCCCUACCCCCAGGACAAGGUUUCGCCCCAGGUGGAUGCCGAGAUCAAGGCCUCCCAGAGCGAAAUCGAUGCCUACAAGAAGGCCUCCGAGCAGCGCAUCCAGAACUACCAGAAGGAGAUUGCCCAUCUCAAGUCGCUGCUGCCCUACGACCAGAUGACCAUGGAGGACUACCGCGACGCAUUCCCCGAGAACUCGCUCGACCCCAUUAACAAGCCCACCUUCUGGCCCCACACGCCCGAGGAGCAGGUCGGCUACAAGUCCAAGGAGCAGCUGGACGCCGAGGCCCAGGGACACCAUUAAGUACUCUCUGGGUGGAGGAUACUGGCGCUUGGCAGUCGUUGGUCGUCUGUUGAUUCGAAAUGUAAACCACGUUGAAGUAAAUUACCCAAAUUAAAUUCAUUUCAAA